GUUCAGUUGAACCAAGACGCCUGCCACUCAGCUGCAUGCUGCAUUCACGGUUAUCAAGUAAACUCCAACUUCUCAGUACUUCUGUUCUGAAAACACCAGAAAUAUAAUCUUAACUGCUUUCAGUCUGAAAUAAGUAAUUACCCCUUACGACAGGACGACUAAAACAAGCAGAAUGUGACUUUUUAAAAUCACUUUAUUUAAAUAAAGAUGCAAUUAGAUAAAAGUUGGGUGGCGAAUGUAAGAGUGGGGAGGUUAAAUGACACUAAUAAUUUCCUUAGAAAUCAGUAACACAUCAAAAUGCAUCAUGCGCACUUUUAUUACAGGAGUACAGUAGACCCCUAAAACAGGUGUGCCUCCUUUUUUGCGAUGAUGUCAAUAUUUCCGACAGCAACCGAACGCAGCACCGUUUAACAAGGCCGAGCGCCUGAAAGUAAUUUGUUUUCCGUGAAUCCGACUGACGGGAUUGGACGGCCGCGGGUUCCGCCCACAAACACACAAGGUGGAGUUGAAAAGAAAAAACAUGCUGGGCCAAAAUGAAGCUGUCAAACAGCCGCUUACAAUUUGCUAUAAGAGGAUUCAGGCAAUGUGAAAAGGCAUAGACUGCUUUGAGUAGAUAUGUCAGAUAGUAUCCUCAUAAGAUGAAAACUGGCAUUAAAAUUAAAGUGAAAAUUAUAAACUUCUUAUAAACUUGAAAAAAAUGUUUUUUAAUGUUAAAUUAUGUUAAAUUAGGGGAGUGUAUGAGGUGAGCCAGUUGCAUUAAAAUUAUAUAAUCACUGGCACAAGUUUGGCUUUUCAUGACAGUUUCGGCUACCUGAUCAAAUAUUCGGUGCGCAAAACUUCGGCUGGAGAUCAGACAAGGUCGGCCUCCAUGCGUAGAAAUAAUCGCCCUGGGUUGUGUUCAGAAACAACGGUGCGAGAAUCGGAAAAAAUGUGGAUGCCUCGGCGUGGCGAAAUGGUUGGAUGGAGAGAGAGAAGCUGCUGCACGUUGAGUGGAGGGAGACGGCGAGUGAGAUGGAGGCGGGGGGGAAGGACCAUCUCUGCGGGGACUGGAGCCCAGGACGGACGGCGCAGUGCUGGCUAUCGUUCAACCCUCCCCUUCUUCCUCCACAACGACGCCGAGGCUCACGCCGAGAGACAGAUACAAGACAGCACACCCACAAAUGAAUGGAGUAAUGGAUGCAGCAACCCAAGGCCUAGUGUGGCCACAGGAUGAUCUCUUAAAACUGCUGGAGGCCAUGAAAGUGGCCUUGCCCCAGAAAGAUGUGACCAAAUACAAAACGUCAGAGUCCCACCUCGACUGGCAGAAGGUGGCCUUCAAUUCCUACACGGCGGAGAUGUGUAAGCAGAAGUGGCAGGAAGUCUCCAAAGAGAUUCGUAAAUUCCGGACCCUCACAGAGCUGAUAUUUGAUGCUCAAGAUUACAUCAAGAACCCUUACAAGGGCAAGAAAAUAAAGAAACAUCCUGAUUUCCCCAAAAAGCCAUUGACUCCAUACUUCCGCUUCUUCAUGGAAAAGAGGGCCAAGUAUGCGAAGUUGCACCCUGAGAUGAGCAACUUAGAUCUAACUAAAAUCCUGUCCAAGAAGUACAGGGAGCUGCCCGACAAAAAAAAGAAAAAAUAUGUUGAAGACUUCCUGAGAGACAAAGAAACAUUUGUGCAAAGCAUGAUGAAGUUCAGGGAAGAACAUCCAGACCUUGUGGAGAGCAUGACCAAGAAAGGUUCAAAUGUACCAGAGAAGCCCAAAACACCACAACAGCUGUGGUACAACCAUGAAAAGAAGGCCUUCCUCAAGGGACACCCAGAUGCGACCACCAAGGACAUUAAGGACAGUCUUGGCAAACAGUGGACACAACUGUCUGACAAAAAGAGACUCAAAUGGAUCAGCAAGUCUCUGGAGCAACAGAAACAGUAUGAGGAGACCAUGCGCGAGUACAUCCAGCAGCACCCGGAGUUAAACAUGACCCAAGGGGACAUCGUCAAGUCCACCCUGACCAAGGCCGAGAGGCACCUGAAGGACAAGUCCGACGGCCGACCUGACAAACCUCCUCCAAACGGUUACUCGAUGUUCUGCGCGGAGUUGAUGUCGAGCAUGAAGGACGUACCCAGUACAGAGCGCAUGGUGAUGUGUAGCCAGAGGUGGAAGCUGCUGAAACAGAACGAGAAGGACGCCUACCAGAAACGCUGUGAACAGAGGAAGAAGGAGUAUGAAGUCGAGAUGAACAGAUUUCUCAGUAGUUUGUCUGAGGAGGAGCAGCAGCGGGUCUUGGGUGAGGAUAAGGGCGGUUUUAAGAGGGGCAGUGGGGCCAACAGUCCUGCAUCCAAAAAGAAGAACUCUAAAGCAAAGGCCAAUCCAGAGAAACCCAAAAGGCCCAUUUCAGCCAUGUUUAUCUUCUCUGAGGAGAAACGUCCCAAACUGCAUCAGGAGCGGCCAGAUCUUUCUGACAGCGAACUCACAAGGCUCCUGGCACGCAUGUGGAAUGAGCUGCCCGAUAAGAAGAAGGAGAAGUAUAAACGCCUAGAAACAGUCCUGAAGGCAGAGUCCGAGAAGAAGGAGAAGGAGGAUCGUAGUCGUCUGCCAGACCCACCCAAGACUGCUCAGGACAUCUGGCAGCAGAGUGUCAUAGGAGACUACCUGGCAAGAUUUAAGAGCGACCGGCAAAAGGCUCAGAAAGCAAUGGAAGCAACCUGGAUCAACAUGGAGAAAAAAGAGAAGAUUAUGUGGAUCAAAAAGGCAGCAGAGGACCAGAAAAGAUAUGAGAGAGACCUGUGUGAGAUGCGCUCACCCGCUGCUGCCAUUGCCUCAGGGAAGAAGAUGAAGUUUGAGGGUGAACCCAAGAAACCACCAUCAAACGGAUAUCAGAAGUUCUCUCAGGAGAUGCUGUCCAACGGAGAGCUGAAUCACCUCCCCAUGAAAGAGCGGAUGGCUGAGAUCGGCAGCCGCUGGCAGAGAUUACCUCUGAAGGAGAAGGACCGAUACAAGAAAAUAGCCGAGGAGAAGCAGAGGCAGUAUAAAGUAACACUGGAACAGUGGCUCGCUAGCUUGUCUUCACAAGAGAGGAACACCUACAAAGAAUAUAAUUCACAGAAAAGGAGAACUACGGCAAAAGUAGGAGGCCCGAAGGCAAAGUCCAAGAAAUCUGACACUGAGGAGGAGGAGGACGACGACGAUGAAGAUGACGACGACGAGCAGGAGAAGGCUUCCUCCGAGGCAGACUCGUCCAGCGAGGAGGACGAAGACGACGACGACGAGGACAAGGAGGAGGACGACGACGACGAAGAAGACGACGACGACGAAGAAGACGACGACGAGGCGGAAGACAAGGAGAACAAGUCGGAGGACAGCAGCAGCGAGUCGAAUUCACAGGGCACGUCGGACUCAGAUUCGGACUGAAACGGGGCCGACGGCGUCCUUGAGACGAACUGAGCAGCGCUGAGCUGAGCCAAGAGUCCAGGGAGCUCUGCCACUGUGCCAACCCUGCUCUCCUCCCACCACCAGAGGGAGCCCCCUGCAUUGCCUCAUCCAUUUCACACUCACCCACUUUUUUUUUUUUUUUUUUUUUUUUAAGUUGCUACGUUUGUGAUCUACUCAUGGAGGGACCCCUGCCCCUUAUGUCCAGAAAAUCAGUUUUCAUUCCCUCCCCGGUGUGAUGAUCAUCUCACAGGCUGACGUUAUGCCAAAAAAAAACAAAAAAACAAAACAAAAAAAAAAAACAACACAGCAUCCCACUGGUUUGGUGAUGUCAUGAACAUUUCUGCCGUUGGUUUCAAUCUUGACUUACAGGUUCAAUGGUUUAAGUUUGUUUUUAAUGUCAGGGAUAAUGAAUUACCCUCCAGUGUUUAUUUUUAUUGUUCUGGUAAUUAGUUAAAGACAAGUGGCAUGAGUUGUGAACAGGCUUCUUAGAGCCAAAGAACAUAGUAUGGUGGAUCACUUUAGGGAGGGGGGGGGAUGUGCGGGGUACUGAAAAUUGCACUCUUCAGAAUGUUUCCUUUUUUUUUUUAAUUUUUUUUUUUUUUCCAGAAAGUUGACGUGUUCUCUAUUCUCAAUUUAUGAUGUAGAUUUUAUCAUUUGGUUCUUAAAGAGGUGGUAUUUUUUCAGGAAAAAAAAAAAUCAAGCCAUUAUGAAUGUCUUUUUGUUGCUGGAAAUAUUCCAAACUUGUUACGUAGUACACACAUGUUCUCAUUUAAAAGCUACAGUGCCCAUAAAGGCUUCAUCCUCCUUUUUAUGACUUUUUCAUGUUUUAUUGCUUUACGACAUUGAAUCAAAGCGGGUGUAAUGAGGCUUUUUGAUACUGAUUAACAGAAAAUGACUCUUUAAGAGGAAAAGUGCAACAUUUAGGAGAAAUUUACUUAUUUGCAGUCUCAUUUAAGUCCUUUAAUGCACAGAACUGAAACUGAUCUCAUGUAACUGAUGGGCUGAUAGUGAGACAAAUCUCUUUAAAUUUGUCUAAAUUAAGUACAAAUAAAAACAAAACAAUCCAUCAUAUAAAAUAGCCCAAGCAACAUUUAAUAGAAGCUUCUUCUGUCGGCUAUAAACAUCUGGACGCUGCAUUAUCCUCCCAAAUUCUCUUUGUAAAACUGAUCGUUUUAUGUCAAAGCAGCAGUUGACGUCCUACCACAGAUUCUAAUAUUAAAGUCAGACUCGGCCUCCUCACUAAUGCACUUCUUCCAUCUCCACAGCCUGCUCUAAACAGAUGUAUACUUGUGCCAUAAUCCUUGUUUUUUUUUUUAAAAAAAAAAAAAAAAAGAAAAUGAUCGUACUCAGCGGGCUGUUCAGUGCCUUGAAAACUUUUCUUCCUUCGCUUGAAUUGUAGUUUCCAGGAAACAGAUUUGUUUGAAAUGUUUUAUUAUCUUCGCAACCAGAUAUGUAACUAACCAGCUGUUGGACCACCUGUCACACUUCUAUUACAUAAGUACGGUCUUUCAGUGCUUGUAUAGUCACUUUUAUGUGUUUUAGAUUGGCACUAAAUUGAAAUCAGUUUGGUUUUAAUUUCCGAUUAAAGAGUCUCCUGUUCAUCAGCGUCAAAUAAACAUCAUUACAUGCACUUUGCUUCAGAGUUGUAAAACAAAAAAAGGGGGUUGAAACCUUUUACAGUCACUGCAGCGUCCAUUUCCAUGUGUCUGUCAUUGAAAUGUCAUUUAUCAACCUUAACUGACAUGUUUUGUAGUGUAUAAAAGUUUAUCAGUCUGAAACUAUUGCAUUCAGUUUAUUCAGCAGUUAUGACUCUUUUGUUCUGGCCUGACGGUAAUAAAAAACAGUUUAUUGUGUUUCCAGAGCAGUUUGUAAUUGAAGGGAUAACACUCGUUUUCCAACAGUAGUUUGCUCGAUCUGACUCUGUGUUUUUUUUAAAAGAAUAUGUCUUACAAUUGGUGUAUGUUUCUUCUUCUGAACCGUUUUACAUUUCGGUUAACGGUUUAACGGAUUGAAUUGUUAAAUAGGUUCGUUUUUUUAAUUGUGAGCAGUUGUUUUUUUUUUCGGAUCCAUCUGAAAUCAUUUAUGGAUGCUGAACUGAAUGGUGUCAUCUCUUUGUUUUUUCGAGUUUGUUUUGAAAUUUUUAAUGGUAUUGACUUAAAUCCGUAGAGGUUUUAUAGUCUGAUGCUGAUCCCAAAAAAGUGUGCACUUAAUGUAAAUCUGUCCCUCUGUGUGAGUUUGUGUGCAUGCAUGCACAAAACUGUGUAUAUAUGAGGGUGUGUGUGUGUGUGUGUGUGCGUCUAUGUGUGUGUGUGUGUGUGCGUGUUUCUUUGCUUUAAUGUGUGCUGUUUUUUUUUUUUGCUGUUAUGUUGCAUACCAUGAUGUGACUGCGGUGUGCAUGUAUGUGCCUGUGUGGGGACAUCAUACCAACACCAUGAAUGUAGAUAUUGUUAAAUCUCUCAAAAAAAAUUUUUUUUUUUUUUUCUCCCAAAGGUCUUUUAGUUAUUUUUUUCUGCUCGGCGCUGUCGUGUCAUUGGUUACCUGAUAACGGACGGAUAACAAGACUUCCAUGACUGUCAUUUUUUGGAUCUAGGGACAGAUUAUUACACGCCGACUGUUAAUAAUCUGCUAUUAAUGGACAGAUUUUUGACCAUUAUGUAUCUCAUCACUGACUGAAAACAAAACCAGCGUGGACUAUUUAAAUAACUGGGGGAGGGGAAAAGAAAAGUGAUUGCUGAUAUUGAUUGAUGGGAGUUUGUAAAAGGGAUUUGGGGAACUGAGUUGCCAGUGGAAUUGGGUUUAAAAAAAAAAAAAAAUGGUUGUAAUUUUUUUGUAAAUACUGUUUUUUGUAUUGAGUGCUUAUUGUUUUUGUUAGUACAUUAAUUUGGCGAAACCCUCAUCUGUGACUUCUGAGGCCAGUGAGUCUUUCACUCACAGGGAAGAAUUUUUUGGAUUUAAUUCACCUGUUUUCAGUUGUUUCUUCUCUCCCUUACGUUGGUUUAUAGAGAUAUCUAAGACAGCAAAGCUUUACGAGUUUGUACUGCUGGUCAUUUGACAAAAUUUGAUGUUUUCUAUAGCUGAGGGUGUUCUUAUGUCCUUGUAGUUCAAGUAUUUGGGCAAAUAAAAAAUUGAUCUUUAACAGUUA